AUGUCCCUACACCAAACGGUGCAAACCAAUUUGGUCCACUAUAACAAAUGGACGGAUGUAGAUGCGGUAGUCUGUGGCGAGUCCACUUUCCUUAAAGGAAAUCCUCCAGAAAAGCUCGAUGAAAGAGAUACACCAGGCCAGCCUGAAUGGGUGGUUCCUUUGGCAAUGGCCGACCAGAACGUAUCCACCAGUCAAAUCGACAAGUGGUUCUGCAACAUAGCCCUGGUAGCCGCCAGGCCCGCUCGCGUAACGUUGGCCUUGGUCAACACCGACGGGACGGUUGUUUUCUACUUUGUGCACGAUGGCAUUGUCAAGCCCCGGCAAAACUGA